CUCUUUUCAAUACAGUGAUAUUGCUAUGGUACUUUCAUGUCCUUGACCUUGACGGACUACUUUUUACGGGGAAUUACAAAUGGAAAUCGAAACUAGACAAAUAUUAACCGGUUAGAAGUUUUGUGAGAAAAGUAACAAUGGGAAAAGAUGAGAAGAAUAAGAAUAAAGAUUCAGAAACAAAGGCAAUGAAAUUCAAGGCAAUUGUCUCUUAUGAAGCUAAACAUGAGAAUGAACUAACACUGACUAAAGGAGAUUCUAUAAAUAUUAUAGAUAAAGAUUUAGAAAAAAGUGGAUGGUGGAAGGGGGAAUUAAAUGGUCAAAAAGGUGUCUUUCCAAAAAACUGUGUAGAAAUCAUCAAAGAAGGGCCUACUCCAAAGUCAUCACCAGGCAAAACCCCAGCAGAUACAGAACAAUCCAAAUCAGAUCCUGUGAAAGAGCUGCCAUCAAAUUGGAAAGAGUCAUGGGUUUGGAGACAUGGUUUAAUUAUAGCAUGGAUUUUGUUUGCAUUUGGAGUGCAAUAUUUACUCUCUGGGAAUUUUGAUAAAAAAGACAUUAAGGCUGUUGAAAUACGAGAUAUGGAAAGAAGACAAGCAGAUUUUGAGAUGUCUUUAUCAACAUUAAAAAAGCAACAAAUAAAUGAUAAAGGCAUCCUCCAUGAUAUGGUGAAGAAAUUUAAGAGUGAAAUGAGAAAUAAAGAUGAUGAAAAAACAAAAUUAAAAGAAUUAACCAAUAAAGUAGAUUCUGCAGUAAGUGAUGUAAGUUCUACAAAUGAAAAAUUAAAUGAUCUUGAAAAAGCAAAAGAGACUUUAGAAGAUAAAUAUAAGGAAAUAGAGGAAAACUUUCGAAGUAAAAUUAAGAAUUUGGAAUCCACUUUUAAUGAUAAGAUAUCUGCUGUAGACAAGUUUGUUAAAGAGUUUGAAGAAACAAUUUCAAAACAUAAAGCAUCCUUGGAAACAUUUGAAGGUAAAACUAAUCGUAAAAUGCAAGAGAUGACUGAAGCAUUUGAAGAUAAAAGUGCAACAAUAAAAGAGCAGGUAAAGGAUUUCUCUAACGAUUUUGACCAAAAACUUACUGAAUAUAAAAAAGCAAAGAGUGAUUUGGAUAAAAGUUUAUCAGCUGUCAUGAAGGAUGUUGACACUAUUAAGCCAAAUACUUUCAACAAAGAGAGUUUAACCAUGGCAUUUAUUAUUGUGGUCCUGUUUGAGUUUAUUCUGGCAUUAUGGAUAUAUCUUGUACAAUGCGGCCGCUCAACUUAUUCAGAUUCAUCUGAUGGAUCCAAAGACAUGACUGCUAGAGAUGUAUUAGAAAGAAUUCCUCGUCGAGUAGCUUUAUCUGAUUUUGUCUGCAUUGUAAGUUUUGAUGAAGCACGACAGACAGAACAUGACACCCUGGUCAAGUCUGCGUUAGGAACAAUGCAGGACAUUCAAAUGAAAUACUUUGUUGUACGUCGACAUGAACACUUGCUAAAAUUGCCUAAAUGUAAAUUCUACAUUAUGUGUACAGAAUUCUCAGAAAGACAUGUUAUUAUAGAAGAACCAGGAUUGGGUCUAGGUGAUUUGAAGAGGUGUACUUAUGAAGUUAUUCAGAGAUACAGAGCUAAUAUGGUUAUCUUGUAUACACGUGAUCCUGGAUCCAGGAGUCUUGGAAAAGAGCUGUAUAAUCCUAACAUCUAUUGUGUUGCUAAGCAACCAGAAUUGAUCGGUCUUCGUGAUAAAGGACGAUUUAUAAGCACAUAUGACACGCUUACAGAAGAACAGAAGAGGGUUUUAUAUGAUGACAUUGCUAAAUGCAUGAAGUGAUUUGAUUAGUGUUGGAGUGUUAAUUAUUUGUGAAGACUUGGUUAUGUGACUUCAUGAUAAUAUUACCAGGCAAAUGAAUGUUUAUUUAAUGUGACAUAAUAAUAUUAGUAAUAUAUUUAUAGUCAUCUUCUAACAAAGUCAAAAAUAAUUUUGGCCUCUGACUUAAAAAAAACUUGUAUAUUAAUGCAUGGAAAAAUUUCUGUUAAUAAGACUUUUUUUUCAUUUUGAAGUGCUUAAAUUUGUUCCUAGUUUAACAUUAUAUACAUAGUUUAUAAUGGUACACGUUUUUAUUUGUUAACCAAUGUUUUUGCUUCAAUGCUUGACUGUAUACUAAGGUAAUGUAUUUUAUGAAGACUUUAAAGGGAGACACAGGCAAAUUUUUCAUUUCUUAGUUUUGAUUUUUUUAUUCAUUAUUCUGUAAAUGCCAUCAAAAUGAAUAUAUUAGACAGUCAAUGGAACAAAACUUUUCUCCAUAUAAAGAAUAAAAUGGUGGUUUCCUAACUUGACCCGCGUGGGUCAGGUUAGAGCGCUAUGAUUUCGCAAUAUUUGUCACAAAGUGAACUCUGGAAACGUUAAAGAAGUUUUCAAAUGAAUGACAUAGACUUGUUUCAAUCAUACAAUAUCCAAAAUAUCUGUUAUUGUAACUUAAGGGGUUUGUUCAAGUCUCCUGACUUGUUUUAAAACUAUUCGGUGAUUCUAUUGGCGUCAAAAUUUUGUUCAACAUAUAUAGAUAUAUUUACGUUUCAAACCCAAAAUAUAUAAACUUCAAACAGAAAUUCAUGCUGAAAUUUCAAGAAACGUCAUUUUAGCCUGAUUUGAGUACAUAAGCUCAUUUUAAUAUUUUUGUCAAUAUUUUGCCUAAAUAUCCCUUUAAGGUCAUUUCUUAUACAUAAUUAUAUUGCUAUAAAAAUCAAUUUUACCCCAUUACUUUAUAUAAAUAUUUGCAAGGACAUUCUGUAAUAGAAAUGUUUUUUACCAAUAGAGAUUUAUUGAGGGUAAAUCACCUGUAUAUUUACCUGUAUUCACCUGAAUAUAAUAGGUGUCAAAUUAUUUUCUUGCAAAGAGAAUCAUUGCCUCUAUCCAUAGAUUUGGUGGCUAAUUGAUUUUGUAUGUCUGUCUGUUUUCCUAUAUGUUUGUCUAUCACAAAACUUUAACCUAGACAAUUACACAAAGGUCUUGGUUCGCAGGUUCAUAUACCUUGAUUAACUCUCCCCAAAAGAACUUCUAUGAGGUCCCAGGAUCAGGGGCCAAAGAUCAAUGUCACCACGACCCCACUUUAAUCUUAUUCAUGAAAAUGUUCUUCAAUCCAAAGUGUUGUAAAUACAUGUAUGCACCUUCAUCAUCACAAACUACCAGACAAAUAGAGCAAUAAAACAGAAGUCCUUUAAUCAAAAGCCUUCCAAUUUCACAGAUGUCUGCAGUUUGAUAUUCUCUAUCCAUAAGACCCACUUAGAUAGGUCACUUGGUCAAACGUCAACAUGACCACUAACUUUGGCCAUAAAACAGAAUCCCUACAUAUGAAUUUAUGAUAAAUUAUUGAUAUUCAUAACUUUAUAAAGUCAGACUAGAAGAACAGAAAGCUGUCAUCUUGAAGAAAAAUUAUUUAACUUGAGAAUUAUCAGCUUUGUUUUAAUAGAGGUUUAAAAUCUUUAUGUGGUCUAUAAAUGUUCUAAAAUAAAAUAUGUCAGCGAAACCCCAUCAACAUAUAAUGUGAAAUGUGUAAGGUUGGGAAACAACAUAUCCCCUGCUGUCAGGGGUAUAAUUGUUCCACAACUGAUAGAUUUUUAUUUUCGUACCUUCUUAUCCUUUCUUGUUGGUGUAUGUAUGGUUGCUUUGUAUAUAAUUUGCUUGUUAUGAAGUUUUAUUAUGUAUUAAGUCCCUCCGAUACUUCUGGAAUAUUUGAAAUAAAAGAGAUUUUGUGUUAUGCUCA